CACUGGAGGCAAGGGGCCUUUCACAACUCUCGGAAAAUCAACCGCCUCCCCAGCGCGUUCCUUGUGCCGGAGCCGUUUCCACUGGAGGUGCCACGGGGUGAUGCCCAUGGUGCCUCCCUUCCAAAGACUUGGAUCAUGAACAACUUUAUCCUCCUGGAAGAACAGCUCAUCAAGAAAUCACAACAAAAGAGAAGAACUUCUCCCUCAAACUUUAAAGUCCGUUUCUUUGUUUUAACCAAAACCAGCCUGGCAUACUUUGAGAAUCGUCAUGGGAAAAAGCGCACAUUGAAGGGCUCCAUUGAACUCUCCCGAAUCAAAUGUGUCGAGAUUGUGAAAAGUGACAUUAGUAUCCCAUGCCACUAUAAAUAUCCAUUUCAGGUUGUGCAUGACAACUACCUUCUGUAUGUGUUUGCUCCAGACCGCGAGAGCCGACAGCGCUGGGUUCUGGCCCUUAAAGAAGAAACAAGGAAUAAUAACAGUUUGGUACCCAUGUAUCAUCCGAAUUUCUGGAUGGACGGGAGGUGGAGGUGCUGUGCUCAACUGGAGAAGCUCGCAGUGGGCUGUGCCCAGUACGAUCCAACCAAGAAUGCUUCAAAGAAGCCUCUUCCUCCUACUCCUGAAGACAACAGGCGAUCACUUCAGGAACCUGAAGAAACCAUUGUCAUUGCUUUGUAUGACUACCAAACGAAUGAUCCACAGGAACUCAUGCUACAGCGCAAUGAGGAGUACUACCUGCUGGACAGUUCUGAGAUUCACUGGUGGAGAGUGCAGGACAGGAAUGGGCACGAAGGAUAUGUACCAAGCAGUUAUCUGGUGGAAAAAUCUCCAAACAGCCUGGAAACCUAUGAGUGGUACAAUAAGAGUGUCAGCCGAGACAAAGCUGAAAAACUUCUUCUGGACACAGGCAAAGAAGGAGCCUUCAUGGUACGAGAUUCCAGGACCCCGGGAACAUACACCGUGUCUGUUUUCACCAAAGCCCUUGUAAGUGAGAACAACCCCUGUAUAAAGCACUAUCACAUCAAAGAAACAAAUGACAACCCCAAGCGUUACUAUGUGGCUGAGAAGUAUGUGUUUGACUCCAUCCCUCUCCUCAUCAAUUAUCACCAGCAUAAUGGAGGAGGUCUGGUCACCAGACUCCGGUACCCAGUUUGUUCCUGGAGGCAGAAAGCGCCGGUCACAGCAGGACUUAGAUACGGGAAAUGGGUGAUCCAUCCCUCUGAGCUCACUUUUGUGCAGGAGAUCGGCAGUGGGCAGUUUGGGUUGGUGCAUCUUGGCUACUGGCUCAACAAGGACAAGGUGGCCAUCAAAACCAUUCAAGAAGGGGCUAUGUCUGAAGAGGACUUCAUAGAGGAGGCUGAAGUCAUGAUGAAACUCUCUCACCCCAAACUGGUCCAGCUGUAUGGGGUGUGCCUAGAACAGGCCCCCAUCUGCCUGGUGUUUGAGUUCAUGGAGCAUGGCUGCCUAUCAGAUUACCUGCGCAGCCAGAGGGGUCUCUUUGCUGCUGAAACCCUGCUGGGCAUGUGCUUGGACGUGUGCGAGGGCAUGGCGUACCUGGAGAAGGCAUGUGUCAUCCACAGAGACCUGGCUGCCAGAAAUUGCCUCGUGGGAGAAAACCAAGUCAUCAAGGUGUCUGACUUUGGGAUGACAAGGUUCGUCCUUGAUGAUCAAUACACCAGUUCUACAGGCACCAAGUUCCCAGUGAAGUGGGCAUCCCCAGAAGUCUUCUCCUUCAGUCGCUAUAGUAGCAAGUCGGAUGUGUGGUCAUUUGGUGUGCUGAUGUGGGAAGUCUUCAGUGAAGGCAAAAUCCCGUAUGAAAACCGAAGCAACUCAGAAGUGGUAGAAGACAUCACUACUGGAUUUCGCUUGUACAAGCCCCGGCUGGCCUCUGUGAAUAUCUACCAGAUCAUGAAUCAUUGCUGGAAAGAGAAACCAGAAGACCGGCCACCUUUCUGCAGACUCUUGAGUCAACUGGCUGAAAUUGCAGAAUCGGGACUUUAGCAGAGACUCAGCACCAGGCCCCGGGCUGCAGAUCCUCACAGGGGGAAGCCAGUUCUCCCUUCACAGAGCAUUAAAAUCUGCCACCUGCCCAGCAUUCCCCAGAGGCAACUGGCCUGUGGCACCAGUCCCUGAGCCUCACGGCACAGGCAGCACCCUGACGGAGGUGGGAGGCUCAGGCCCCUGAACUGGGAGGGAGGCCCGAGCAGCAGCCUCCUUCCUUCCUUCCAGCCUCUUAUCUCGUGUGGUCCUCAAACCUCAACCUGACAGCUUUCAGGCACCAUUUCUUGCACUUCUUAGAGAAAAGGAGGGACAUGGUAGGGCUGUGGAUUAUUAUUUCUAUUAUUAUUUCAAACAUGGAUCUGAAGGGUAUGGUCGAGGGUUUUUACUUGACCUGGCAACACAGAAUCCCAGGAUGGUGGAGCAAGAGAAAUGAGGAGUGUGACUCUUUUUCAAGGAGACCUGGUGAGUUAAUUAAGGUCAGGAAGUGCCAGCUCAGCUGUUGUGAUCCUGUCAGCUGCAGCUUCCUGCCAUCCUAAGGAACAACUCCCAUCUGAGGCCAGGUAGGCUGAGAAGCAGUUUUAGGAGGUUUUAUUCAUUGAACAUACUGCCACUUCCCUCCUUGAAGGGACAUGAUGGACUGGGGUGAACAGUUCCAACCGCAUGGUUAGAGAUGGCAUCGGGACAGAAAGAGCACUUCAGAUGGUGGGGAACCAGCCGGUACAGAGAUGGACCUUAGGUUGUUACCACUUAGGUUGUUGUGUUGUUAUGCCCACCUUUAGUACCAAGCCAGGCAGGGGACUGUGCCUCGCCUCUGCACAGAACGCUUCCACGGGCAUCCUGGGAGAAGAUGCUUGCUUCGCACCACUGGCUCUGACUGAGGACUCCGCCAUCAGUUUGUCUGGCCUCUGGGGUUAGUCCUGUCUCUGCACUCUUCCAACCCUCAUCAGCAGAGGGCAGCAGGGGGUCAGGCGGUGGCCUCACAGAGACCUGGAAGCUUCUUUAGGCCCUAGAGAUUUGCAUCUUGAAGGUUGAGGCUUCAAGUCUCCUGAAAGUCUAGGAGAGGAACGAGAGGUCUGUUCUCACUCAAACCAUCUGGAUGGAAAGUGAGUCAAGCACUGAUUGGGGUGCUUCCAAGAGGCACAAGACAGCCCACUGUUGAUGGAGCACUGAAAUAUGCCAAGUGAAUAUGUACUGAGCUACAGGCCUUAUCUGCACAAUUUCAUUUCAUCCUGCGUUCCCACCAACCCCAUGAGAAUGUAUUCUUAUUCCCAUUUUACAGAUGAUGGAACUGAGGCUUUAAAAAGCCAAGAGAGCUUGCCAGAAUGACAGAGCCAGGAGAUUUAGAGCCCACAUCUGUCUGCUGCCAAUGCCCUUUCUUUGUUUCUGUUCAAUGCUGCCUUCUACUGAGGAUGAAAGGGAUUGCAGAGGAGUUACAUAAGCUGGGGGGCAAGACAGAGAAAGCCAAUAAAGAAGUCAACCACCAAGGGCUGUUUCUCCCACAGAGGCCACUAUGGUUGCCGUGUAGCCCUCCAACUUGGAAUAGGAUCUUCUUGCUCUCAUCUGUCUUCUCAUCUUUGUUAGAGUUAAUGACUUUGGAGUCACUCAGUUAAUUAACCCUUUGACUCACCCACCCCUCCAGAGUCACGUUGCAUGAAGCCAUUUCUGGGUGAGCUUCAAAGCAGUUUUGAACGGUCCGCCUGCAGGUAUAUAAAUGCUUCCUUUAAUUAUCAUUUCGACUUCGAGCCAGCUGCAGUGCUCUUCCACACUUUGUGGGGAAGGGUAUUCCCUGAUGUAAGAGAGAUUUCAUUUUCCUGCAGCGUUCAGAUAAAACUUUCAGAGAGAUUAUUAGAUGGUGUUGCAAUUAGCUCUUUCUAAACCAUGUGAUAUUUUGACCAGCUGGAGAUUCAGAUGCAUAACUUGUAACUAUAAUUAUUGUGAAACUGGUUGCCUCCAGAUAAAACUCUAUCAUACAGAAGAUGAUCUUACUCAACAUAUCCAAAAUCAUCCCUGUUUACUUUCUGGCAUUUUGUACAUUCUCUUGUGAAACCCUUAAUUAGAGAUCAUUUCCGGAACAUCCAGCCUGAAGGAAAACAUCAAAAUUGACUGAUUUCUCUGGUCUGGUUUCAGAAAUUGCCCCUCGUAUGGUGUUAUCGUGUUCAAGCUCAGAUUCACUGGGGCCUUAACUGACUAUGUUAACUCCCCAGUGUCCUAUCUUGCAAAAUGGGCUUCCUGCCUGAUUUUUUGCUACCCCUCCCACAUUUUGAAAACGGUACCAUGCAUUCACAGGGAAUUCCCUUAUCCAAGGUCUUGGUUCUAGGUGCAUUUUUUAGAUUUUGCAUUUCGUACCUCUUAAGGCUAUUUAUAUUUGGAUGUAUUGAAUAUUUAUUAGUGUACAGUGAUUGCUAGGAUUCACAAUGAAAAUGUUAUAAAGAUCUCUAACCAUUUAUAAAUCACACAUAGUUAAAGGUUGGUUCUAGCAAAUAAAACUGUAUGUUUUAAUAAAUACAAUAUAUAUGGCCUGGGUUCAGUAUUUGCCCAAAUGUCAGACAACCAAAAAUUUCCCUUAAAUAAAAAUGAUUAUGUGGCUUCA